UUCUGUCGUUUCGUCGUCGCGUUGUUUGCUAGUCGCAAGGUUUUUUUUCUGCAACGCGUUAAAAAGCAAGUUCAUUUAUAUAAUUCUCUUUUUAUUUGAAAAGGUGUUCGCGAUUGGCCAAAAGUAGCGAAAGUGUUAGGAAUUGAGCCUUACAAUGGCGGCACCAAUAGAAAUACCGCUUCGGGACACUGAUGAGGUGAUUGAGCUGGAUCCGGAACAACUUCCGGAAGGAGAAGAAGUCUUGGGGAUAUUACGACAGGAACGUUCGCAGCUGAAUACCUGGGUUACGGUAGCGCUUGCUUACUACAAGCAAAACAAAACCGAUGAUUUCAUCAAAAUUUUGGAAGCGUCGCGAAUUGACGCUAAUAUAUCGUAUCGCGAUUUUGAAAAAGAUCAAAUGCGAGCUUAUGAUAUGUUAGCGGCAUAUUAUGUUCAGGAAGCGAACCGGGAGAAGUCGAAGGACAAGAAAAGGGAACUUUUCAUGAAGGCUACCCAUUUGUACACGACGGCUGAUAAAAUUAUCAUGUACGAUCAGAACCAUCUACUGGGUCGUGCAUAUUUUUGCCUCCUGGAGGGAGACAAAAUGGAGCAAGCAGAUGCACAAUUCAAUUUCGUGCUGAAUCAAUCCCCCUCCAAUAUCCCUUCUUUGCUGGGUAAGGCCUGCAUUGCGUUCAACAAAAAAGAUUAUCGUGGUGCACUGGCUUUCUACAAAAAAGCGCUACGAACUAAUCCGAACUGCCCGGCCGCAGUGCGGCUCGGUAUGGGUCACUGCUUUUUGAAAAUGAAUAACCAGGAAAAAGCAAAGCUGGCUUUUCAAAGGGCUUUGGAUUUGGAUCCCCAGUGUGUUGGGGCUCUCGUAGGUUUAGCCAUUUUAAAGUUGAAUCUUCAUGAGCCGGAAUCUAAUCGACUCGGAGUACAAAUGCUCUCGAAAGCUUACACGAUUGAUUCGACAAAUCCGAUGGUUUUGAAUCAUCUGGCGAAUCACUUUUUCUUCAAGAAGGAUUAUCAGAAGGUGCAGCACUUGGCGCUGCAUGCAUUCCACAACACGGAAAACGAAGCGAUGCGAGCGGAAAGUUGUUAUCAGCUUGCUAGAGCGUUUCAUGUUCAACAGGAUUACGACCAGGCUUUCCAGUAUUAUUAUCAGUCGACGCAGUUUGCACCGGUUAAUUUUGUUCUACCACAUUUCGGACUGGGACAGAUGUACAUCUACAGAGGCGAUUCGGAAAACGCCGCGCAAUGUUUCGAGAAGGUACUGAAGGCGCAACCCGGUAACUACGAAACAAUGAAAAUUCUUGGUUCGCUUUAUGCCAGCUCUUCCUCUCAGUCAAAGCGCGAUAUAGCUAAAAGUCAUCUGAAGAAAGUUACCGAACAGUUUCCAGACGAUGUUGAAGCUUGGAUUGAACUGGCACAAAUUCUCGAGCAAAAUGAUUUGCAGGGAUCGUUGCAAGCUUAUGCCACUGCAACUAAUAUCUUGACGGAAAAGGUAAAGGCGGACAUUCCACCUGAAAUUUUGAAUAAUGUUGCAGCCUUGCACUACCGGCUGGGUAAUUUGAACGAAGCAAUGUCGAAACUGGAACUGGCGAUCGAUCGCGCAAAGUUUGAAGCUCAGCACGAUUCACAAUACUACGAUUCGAUUUCGGUCACAAUGACGUACAAUUUGGCCCGGUUGAACGAGGCGAUGGCAUCGUUCGAUAAAGCCGAUAAGUUGUACAAGGAUAUUUUGAAGGAACAUCCGAAUUAUAUCGACUGCUAUCUUCGGCUGGGCUGUAUGGCUCGCGAUAAGGGUUUGAUUUUUGUGGCAUCCGAUUUCUUCAAGGAUGCGUUGAAGAUUAACAUGGAGAAUCCGGAUACACGUUCUCUACUGGGUAAUUUGCAUUUAGCUAAAAUGCAGUGGACUCUUGGGCAGAAAAAUUUCGAAACCAUUCUGAAGAAUUCUGCAACAUCAAGCGACGCGUACUCGCUGAUUGCAUUGGGCAACUUUUGGCUGCAGAGCUUGCAUCAGCCUAGCAAGGAUAAGGAGAAGGAGAAAAAGCACCAGGAGAAAGCGUUGGCUAUCUACAAGCAGGUGCUUAGAAAUGACCCAAAAAAUAUUUGGGCAGCUAACGGCAUUGGUGCGGUUUUGGCGCAUAAGGGUUGCAUUAUUGAAGCCCGAGAUAUUUUCGCACAAGUUCGCGAAGCCACGGCCGAUUUCUGCGAUGUUUGGUUGAACAUCGCUCAUAUCUACGUUGAACAAAAGCAGUACAUCAGUGCGAUUCAAAUGUACGAGAACUGUCUAAAGAAGUUUUACAAGCACAACAACGUUGACGUAAUGCAGUAUUUGGCACGAGCAUAUUUCCGAGCUGGUAAGCUAAAGGAAGCCAAGAUGACUUUACUAAAGGCGCGUCGGGUCGCUCCUCAAGAUACUGUACUGUUGUUCAACAUUGCUCUAGUACUGCAACGUUUAGCGAUGGUGGUUCUUCGCGAUGAAAAAUCGGUGCUGAGCAUUGUGCUUCAAGCGGUACAUGAGUUGGGAUUGGCUCACAAGUAUUUCAAUUAUUUAUCAAUUCAUGGUGACAAAACACGAUAUAAUAUUGCAUUGGCGGCGGCCGAAGCUAGCCAGUGUCAGGAUUUGCUGCAGCAAGCUCAAUAUCAUGUAUCAAGAGCUCGGAAAAUCGACGAGGAAGAACGUGUUUUGCGUCAGAAGCAAGAACAGGAGCGCGAAGAGUUCAAACGUCGUCAGCUGGAGGAACGUAUGCGAAUGGAAGAGAUGCGCCGCAAGGCUCACGAGGAGAUGUUAGUGAAACGACAGGAGUACAAAGAGAAGACCAAGAAUGCAUUAUUCUUCGUGGAGUCUGGUCCCGAGCCGAAAAAGAAGAGCGGCAGAGGUCGAAAGGAUUACAUUUCUGAUUCUGAUGGUUCAGGUCCAGCGGGAAGUGGUGGAGAAGAAGGACCAUCGAAGGAACGCAAACGCAAGGAACCGGGUGAGAAGAAAAAACGCAAGCCAGGUGGUGGGCGUAAGAAGAAGGAAAAGCUUCCCAGAGGAUCCGGUUCUGACAGUGAGGAAGAUUCGGCUCCGAAGAAGCGCGGUCGUAAGAAGGGAUCGUUGGGAGCUAAGAAAGCAAAGCACAUGGAAGAUGGUCUAUCGCAACGGCAGAAAUCUCGAAUUGUUUCUAAAGCAACCGUAUCUACAAGCGAGUCUGACAGCGAUAGAAGCCGGUUGAAAAUUGCUAGCGGUGCAAGUGAUUCCGGGUCGGGUAAUAAUAGCCCUGCUACUAAGCGUAAGCGCGUGAUAGCCUCCGGGUCGGAGAGUGGUUCGGACAGAUCCCGCUCACGUUCUAAAUCUGGCAGCCGUAGUCGCAGUGGAUCCCGUUCUGUCUCUCGAUCCCGAUCUAAAUCUCGCUCCCAAUCGGGAAGUCGUUCGCGUUCCGGUUCUCGUUCUAGCCGUUCUCGAUCGGGCUCGCGAAAAUCUGGCAGUCGUUCGCGAUCCGGAAGUCGUUCGCCGUCUCGGUCGCGAUCUCGUUCCGGUUCCGGCAGUCGGCAAGCAUCUCCUAUAUCUCGUAAAUCGGUAUCUGGAUCCGGAUCAGAUUAAUUUUAAUUAAUUAAUGAUUAAUGUUCUAUGCAUAUGUUUUUUUAAAUUUUAAUUAAAUUUUGCUUAGGAAUUGUGAUCUUCUCAGUCUGUCUAACAAACGCAUUAUCGUGCUGUACCAAGCCCUGCAUAUUCGGACACUUUGGUGAAAUAAUAGUCUGAGUAAGGAGGAUAGCAACAAUAACCUUUUCAAAAAAAUGACUUCAAUGUUGUAUCUAGAAUAUUACAAAUACACUUCAAUAAACUCUUAUCAAACA